UCUUUGAUUAAUUCUUAAAGUGUAAUAAAGAAUACUACUUGUCUGUUUUGAGGCGUCUAUAAGUAGCAGUUCAACUUAAACAACGGGAUGCAUGAGUAUAAAAUUCUUGGAUUUUUCGUCACGGUGGUGCGACGUCAUAUUCAAGCAUGAUUGUGACUUACUUUUUGGAUAAACACGAAACAAUAGUUAUCGUUCAGCUACCGUAUUCACUAGAUUGAACCCACUGUGACUUUUCAUCAAUUUUCGAAACUGAAAAAUGCGUUUCGUGGAACACGCCAUUAGUACACUGAAGCCGUUAAUAGCCUUUCCCUAUAGGUACUGACAGCCAUCCCAGCCGAUACUUAAAGGAUUAUGUGAGUUUCCUCGGAGAACCUCGUUCUUACGUAUACAAUAAGGGCUGUGGUUAUACCCACGUUCAAGAUGCUUAAUAAAAGCUACACUGUGGCAACACCAGCUUGCUUCGCUCACAGAUGGUUGCUGUGUUUGCCCAACUGGUCGUCCCCAGCAAACAUGUCGUGAAUUGCGCGAGAGAAUGUUGUGCGAGGCCAAGACAGCGCGUGAAAAUAUUCUACAGUUGCAGUUGUUGGAAGGAAAAAAGUUUAAGGAAACAAGAAAAUAUUUGCAAAAUUCAUGAGUUCAAGUGAAUUAAACUUCAAUGAAAUGAAGGCAAUUUUAUAAUUUUACAAAGCAGUGUUUAAAAAGUGUGAGAAUUAGCAGGAAUCUUAUGUUAUGUGCGAGUUUAUGUUAUUACGCCAAGGAAUCGCAUAAAAUGUGACCCAAUUUGUUGUGUGUGCGUGUGUUGUGAAGGUAAGAGGAAAUGAUAGUGGAAAUAGUGGAAAUUUAAGUGGAAGUAAGCGCAAAUUAUUUUUAAAAACAAGCAAGUGCUUUUGAAAAUUGAUUGCGAAUAAAAAUUAAAAGUGAAAUGAAAGAAAGAAAAUAAUAAAAAAUUAAACGUUGAAAAAUUUAAAUAAAAGUAAUAAAUAAAUAUUUUUGCACGCUCAAUUGGCUCCGCUUGCAUGCAACACAGCCUUACCCAUUAAACUGAUUGUGCGAGCGCAUCAACCACAACAACAACAGCAACAUAACGAAUGAACAUAGGAAACAUAAAAGACAAUUGAGAGAGUAAACGCUAUAGCGUGAGUGUAAAGCUACCCAAGAGCGCUAUCAAAGUAACACGAGCGUACUCGUCGAGUGGGCUGUGCCACUGACAGCCAGCAAUAACAGUAACAAACGACAACAAAACACGGUAUAUUUUCAAUAGCAGCCUAGCCUCUGACGGCUGUAUUAUUUCGCGUCCUUCAUUUAUUUACGCCAGUGGAAAUAUGAAGAUCAAUGCGAAAAUGGCCACCCCUAUAGAGGAAAAGGUUGACCAAAACUUAAAGAUCCGCACUGGUAUGGUAAAUGUCAGCGAUGGCAAAAGUAAACCAGAACCACUUAGACUGAAUUUAACUAUGGAACUGGUUACGUUGCAAAGGUUAGAGGUCGUUACGCCAACAAAUCCUCACAAUGGACCACCAAUGGAAUCGAAGGAGCGCAUGGUACAGAUUACACGUCAAAAGCAGGGCGGCCUUGGUCUAAGCAUAAAAGGUGGUGCCGAGCAUAAAUUGCCCAUUUUAAUAUCGCGCAUCUACAAGGAUCAAGCGGCGGAUAUUACAGGCCAACUAUUUGUUGGCGAUGCGAUAAUUAAAGUGAAUGGCGAAUACAUCACAGCUUGUCCGCACGAUGAUGCGGUGAAUAUAUUGCGUAAUGCCGGCGAUAUUGUUGUGCUGACGGUGAAGCAUUACCGUGCGGCGACGCCAUUCCUGCAAAAGCAACUUGCCAAGGAGACACCCGAUUCGGACAAUGAUGCAACAUGUGCGGAAUUAAAGGCUGACGAAGGCUACAAGUCCUCGGUAAAUAAUGGCACAAUAAGUCGCAGCUGUAGUCGCCCGAUGUCGAUUUGUUCGGAACCGGAAAAGAAAUGGGUGGAUGUGGUGGCAGUGCCGCUGAUGAUGGCCUACGUAACGCGCUAUAUCUACGGCACCGAUAAGUUGCGCCCCAAUGCGUUUGAAGUACGCGGCCUUAAUGGCGCCUCGACUGGCAUAAUACACUGUGAUGAUUUGGCCAUUCUCAGUCAAUGGCUUAAAUUGAUAACCGAUAAUGUUGUUGGAUUGACACAUUUACAAAUGAAGCUUUACAAUCGCAAUUUUGCCGUAGGCGAGCGUAUCGAAUACAUGGGCUGGGUGAACGAGGGUGUCAUUAACAACAAUAUCUCCUGGCAAAGCUACAAACCACGUUUUCUAGUAUUAAAAGGCACUGAAGUGAUGCUUUUUGAAACACCACCGUUAAAUGUCGCCGGUUUGUCGAAGGCACUAGUGGCCUACAAAGUCUAUCAGACGAUGUUUCGUGUCGUAAAGGAAUCGGAAACGGUGGAUAGUCGUCAGCAUUGCUUUCUGUUGCAGAGUUCCGGUCAUGAGCCACGUUAUCUGAGCGUCGAGACGCGUCAGGAGCUGCUGCGCAUCGAAAAUAGCUGGAAUGCGGCCAUAGUGACGAGCGUAAUUAAAUUGGGCCGCAAAACUUUCGCCGUCUCACAUCAUGGCAAGAGUGGCGGUCUAACUUUGGACUGGCAGUCGGGUUUCUCGCUGGCGGAAGGUGCCGACUCGGCCAUCGUUUGGCAAUAUAAAUUUUCACAACUGCGCGGUUCCAGCGAUGACGGCAAAUCAAAAUUAAAACUACAUUUUCAGGAUCAUGAAACGCGCGCAAUUGAAACAAAAGAACUGGAAUGUCAAGUGCUGCAAAGUUUACUCUUUUGUAUGCAUGCCUUUUUGACCGCCAAAGUCGCCUCAGUUGAUCCGGCGUUUCUAAGUUCUAUACAGCAAACCUAAAAUCGGUGCACUGAAAACAUCUAAACAAACAACGCGGAUGAAAUUCGUGGCGCCACGCAUACUUUGAGCGAAAAUGCGCUACAAAUGUGGCAGAAGGAAAUUUAUUAUGUAUUGAACAAUUCCAGCGGCAAGUAGGUACUUAAAAAAUUACAAACUAACUAAAAAAAAACAAAAAAUAUUAAAACAAAAAACAUGAAGAAAGAGAAAUAUUUAUAACUGAUAUUAAAGAAAAUUAGCUUAAAAUUUAUACUUAUACUUUGGCAUAUAACACUUAUAGAUAUUUAAAACAAUUACGAUACUUAGUAUGAAUAUAUUGAAAAGCAUGGCAAAUACGUGUGUGCUAAAAUUAUAUAAUACAAUAUAAAUCAUAUUGAAUAUAAACGUCUGAAGGCAUUAAAGUCUUAAAUGCGAUAUGUACUUGUAGACCUAAAUGCAUUAACAGAACACACAUAGAUUGUUCUAUUCAUAGAGAUCUGCUGAUCGGCAAGCAAAUGUUGGUGCAAGCGCGUAAGUUAAGCGGUUACCGCUAACUUUUUCCCAUUAUUAGUCAUUGUUAAUCAUUACUAUUAGCUUGUUAUAAUUAAGGUAUGUAAUUAAUAUGGUUAAAUAAUGUCAGCUCUACGGACGCAGGAAAAUUUAUUUUCUAAUUUUGUUUAGCACAAGAAAAACUUAUGCACCAAACAAAUGUUUAAUCCUAUGAAAAUACAUAAUUAUAUAUACAUAUGUACAUAUUAAUGGUUCAAUGCUUCUAAAGCUCUGUUAUUUUAAAGAAAAAUUUAACAUAAAACUGAAAUUUUAUAUAGAAAUGAUAUAAUUAUUCUACCAUUUGCCUACUUUCAGCUCUUUGAGACCCAUUAAAUAUAGCUAUAAGGUGCAGAGUGAAAAUUAUUGAAUUUUAUAUACAUAAAUUAAUCAAUGAAUCUGAAAAAAGUGGAUUCACAGUAGUAAAUUGAAGUCAAAUAUUGUUUUAAAAAAUAUACUGCAUGUUAAAUUUAAGCAUUGAAAUGUUCUCUAUUCCCCGAACAGUUACUUCCCUAUUGAGUACCUUCGAAACACGUAUGAUAAAAAUACUAAAUUAUCACUUGGCGCGCUCCAAAAGUUAUUAUUAAUUAAAUUUUUUUUUGCAGAUAAAAGUUAAUCGUUAUUAAUAAAUUUUAUGGAAUUUAUUGGACGUUGUUUAUAAAAAAAAUUGUGUGCCAUUUUAUUUAUAAUUUUUCACUCUAAAUUUUUUCGUAACAAUUGUAUUUAGUAUAUACAAAAUUGCAUAACUUUAUCUAACCGUGAAAAUUAAAAUUAAAAAUAAAUAAACAUUUGCCUGACACCAUAUUCUAGCUGAAGGUUACCUUUAUGCCAUCCAAUAAAAUACUAGUUUUUUAAUCUGAUAAAAGUCCUAUUUUAGCAGGCGAAAAACGACAAAAGUUUUAAGUAAAAUUCAAGUUUUUAAAAUUCUCCUUACUUAAAAUGUGUAAAAAUCGACUUAAUGUCCUGACAAAGAUACAAUCAAAAUUUUUAGACUAAAAAUUAAAAUUUAUUUGUAUAAAUGUGUUAACAUUUCCUUGGAAAGUGAAUAAUAAAAGCUUUUAAAAAUGAAAAGCUCAUAAUGCGAAAUUUAAAUCUUCCUAAAACGGUUCAUUAAACAUAUAUCUGCAACACAUUUAGUGCGUAAAAAAAAUAACAUUUUCAUUUUCUAAAAUAUACGUAGGUAGCGUUUAUUGUGAAAAAUGUUUUGUCUACUGACGAUUAUUCAAUACUUGUUCCAAUCUCGCAUUAUCCGAUGAUGGCAAUAUGCAAAUAAAUUUUCUACAUAUUCCACAGAAAUGGACCGCCAAGUAAGUUUCUUGUUAUUUUGGCUUUCAUUAAAGUCCAAAAAAUUGACAUUUGGAGACUGUGAUGACUAAUCUAAAGUGACAUUAUGGUUUUCUUGUUUCCAUUAAGUACAGAGUCUGCGUCAUUUCGAAUCAUUUUCUCCUUGCACUUUUAAUUCUUACGGCGUUCGGGUUUUCUGUGAUGUGAAGCAUCCACAAACAUGCACCUUUUGUGGGUGCGUAACACUCCGUUGAGUAAAUGUUUGCCUUUUCAAGGAACCCAUGUACAUUACUCCGAUCGGUUGAUGUUUUCCUGCAUCUAAUGCAACCUGUUUUCAAUAUGUGUUUUUGAAAGUAAAGUUUGAUUGCAGUACUGAUACAUUUGUAUUAGCCAGAUACUACUACGAGCAAAAAAGAGUAAGACUUUGUUCAUAAUUUUAAAAUUGUUCAAAAUCUUAAAGUAGGGGACUACUACUUGGCCCUAAUACACUUAUGCCAGUUUGCAGAAUAGCCAGAAAUCACACGGAGCUCAAUCAGGCGAAUACGGUGAUUGCAAAGGUGAUCGUGGUGCAAAAAUCAAAAGUUGUCAGCCCGUAAUUUAGGCCUCUUUUUACGAAUAGUUACCCGCAAAUGACACAUAAGACUCAAAUUGUAUUCCUUAUUGACUGUUUGGCCAAUCGGAAAGAGUUCAGACUGCAUCACACCUCGAUAAUCGAAGAAAACUGUGAACAUUACCUUGAUUUUACAUCUGCUUGGACGUGGUUUUUUCGAAUCGGCACACCUUUGCCAUUCAGCUGAUUGAUCGUCUGUUUUCGAGUCGUAAGCACAGAUCCAAGACUGAUCGCCAGUAAUAAUGCGUUUCAUGACAUUCUGGUUGUCGAAAAAAAACAUUAACGUUUCGCUGUUUCUUCGAAAAAAUUGAGUGAUUUUAGAUCCAAUCUUGCAUUCACUUUUCCAAAUGGUUUUCACUGAUCCAUAUAUUCAUGAUAUUUGAGCGAUGCCGAUAAGAUCUCUGACUGUUAAUCGUUGCUUCUCAAGCACCAAAUCCUUUAUUUUAUUGACAUGUUGAUCAUCAAUUGAUGUUGAUGGCCCUGGACGUGGUUCGUCGACAAUACGUUCUCGACCCUUUUUGAUUAAUUUUUAAUAAUCAAUAACACUUGCUCACGAAAACAACAUCGAAGGCGUUUUCUAACAUUCUGAACAUUUCGGUGCUGGAAUUGGAUUCCGCACACAAAUUUUAAUGGAACUUCUUUGUUGAAUAAUUUCACUCAUCGUAAAAAUCGCCGAAUGCAUUUAUGUACUUCUGAAACAAGCGUAUACUUAACACUACUGAACACCUUUGAUGUGACAUUUAGCACAGAUGUCACUGAAGGUCAUACCAACCUAGAAAAAACGUAUUUCCACUAAAGGAUUUCGGCGCGAAAUUUAAAUUAAAAAGUCUUACUCUUUUUGCCCACAGUAAUAUAUCCUAUUCUUUCUUAAACAAAAUUUGUAUUUGUUUAGCUUCUUUUAGAUUGAGCAGUGGUUUCUUCAAAAAAAGGAAAACAAAAAUGUUGUUCUCUCUUUUAAAUGUCAGGUGACACCCUGGGUUGUCAUCUAUGUCUCCAGUUUCUCCAUAUUGGACUGACCACCUUUCACAAAUGUACCAUUAGGUAGGAGUAGUUUUUAAAUAUUUUCCAGUUUUUUAUAGUCUAUUUGGGACCUUUAGGUUCCUUCGUUAGAAAGGGUGCUUCAAAAUGUUUCUUAUAUUGAAAUUUUAUUUUUCACCAUUGUAUUUUAAUCUUUAGUUAAAAUAUUUAAUAAACAAAACUAGAUGGAAAAUUAAUGUUUGUUACAUUACUAUAAAAUUUUCAAAAAAUAUAUUUUUAUAUAGAUUAUAUAGAUUUGCCUAACGAUAUUAAAUAUUACUUCGAUCCCGAUCGAGGCCAAGUCUUGCUGCUCACUCGGAACAAAAAUUAAAGUUUAGAUGAGUUUUUUCUCAAAACUACUUUUCUUAACAUAACUCUCUUAAUUAUCUAUUGAUUAAACUUAAAUUUGAUCAGCAUAUAUCUCAAAACACAAAAAUAUACAGAAAAUGCAAGAUUUUGUUUUAGAACUAUAAUUGGAGCAGCAUUUUCCGCCGGAGUACCACGGGUUUAUUUAAAUCUCACAAAACUUAUAAGUAUUCAAUUAAACGAUCCCUUAAGAUAAUUUUCAGUGUUUUAACUGCUAUUUUAUGGGGUUCACUAGAACAGUAUACCCCGUAAAAAUUUCGAUCUUCAAGGGUGAGUUGCAUAAAAAUCUUAUUUUUAUUACGAUUUAACCUCAUAAAAUGAAACAUAAAAUUAAAAGCGCUUCUCGCCUAUCACAUGAGAACAAGUGAGUAACUGUUUUGGGGGAAAAAAAAUUUAAGUAAUAAAAAAAUUUAUUUUAAAAGAAAUGCACCAUCUUACAACAAGUUCCCUGCAGAUUGAGUUUUAGUUCACAGAAACCUACAAUUGAACGUUAAAAGCUUCGAUAUUUUUGCACACUCAGUCACAAUAUGUCAAUUUAAAAUUGUGUCUUCUCCAAGCAAAGCAAAAUAAAAUAUAAAUUAAAAAACUUUUAACCAAAAAACUUACACUUAUAAAAAUACAUAACUGUAUACAAUAUUACAUACGAAAAUGCAUUAAGUGCAGACAAACAAUUGGUUAUAUAAUACAAAAUGUAGCAAAAUAUUCGAGUAUGUGUGCAGCAAAUAUAUAUACUCCUCUAUGCAACAGAAAUCUCAACCUAGCCACCUUCUCUACCAAAAACACAAACAAAAACAAAAAAUAAAAGUAUUAAAAUUUAAAUGUAUUUAUGUACUAUAUUAUAUAGAAUUUGACAGGCUUUCCAAAUAAAAAGUAAAACUUAAAAUUAACAAACCAUAUAUAUGUAUAUACAUAUAUACUAUGACACACACACAUACAUGUAUAAAUACAACCGAUAUAACAAAGUGAAAUCAAAUAUUAAAACCGAUUACUUUAAAAUGUCACUCAUACAUACAAGUAUAUGAAUAGUUUUUAAAAGCAAAAUGCAAACAAAUCGAAUACCGAUAUACACGCGCAAGUGCAAAUGUCACCGAAACGUCAACAACUCAGAAUUGACAGCUCAAGUAAAUGUCAGAACACAACUCAUCAACUUAACCAUAUCAAUCGCAUAGAAACGAAAAACAAAAUUUAAAUACAAAUACAAAAACAAAAAAGGAAAAACUUAUUAAUUACAAACUUACAUAAUAGCAGACUCAAUGCAAUGGCGAAAAAGAGUAAAUAAAAAGAAAAUAUUUUCAUGCGUACAUACAACUACAUACAUAGUUACACAGCUAAUCAUAAAUGCUAUCUAUACACACCAGUAAAUAAUACCGUCAUAUGCAAUAUACAAAAUUAUGCAUACACAUAGAUAUACAUAUAUACAUAUAUUAUAUUAAAACAAAAAUUAUAUAUAUAACUUAUAUAAUAUACUCCUGCAUAUGUAUGUAUGUAUAAUUGGGCCGAAAUUGUAUACGCAAAUUAAUAAAAUAUACAUAGAAGUAUAUAUAAAAAAUAAGUAAUAUUUUGAGAUAUUUUUUUAAUAUAAUUUAAUCACCCCAUGAAUAAAAAAAUAUUUUUUAAAGUACAUAGUUAAAAAUUUUGAAAUAAUAGAAAACUAAAAUUUUCUUAAUUAAAAACCGCAAGUAACUAAAUUACAAGGAAUAAAAAAAAAUAAUUACAUUUGAUUAUUUUUUUGUUUAUUUCCGAAGCUAAAAUUUAACAAAAAAAAAUAAAUAAACCGGAAAAUGAAAAAAAAUAAAUAACGACGUUUAUUACGUUUGCAAUAAAUAAUUUGAAUAAUAAUAAGCGGGAAAUUUUUUUACAUUAUCUUUUAUUAUUAUAAAAAGGCAAAAUAGUAAAAUUCAAGGUUUUUCAGAUUUUACGAAUUAAAAUAUUUUUUAAAGUUAUUUUUAAAUAUUAAUACUCGGCAAAAACAAUAAAAAGGCAAUAUUUUUCGAGUUACACACUAAAAUAUAUUUUUAUGUUUUUCUUUUAUUCGAAAAAAAAAUUAAAAAAUGGAAGAUUUCUUUUUCAAAUUUAAAAAAAUAUAUUUUUUGGUUAAGGUGCACUGUUAUUAUUUGAAAAACAAUGUCAGAUUUUACGAAUUCUAAUAUUUUUUAAAGUUAUUUUUAACUAAUAAUAUUCGGCAAAAACAAUAAAAGUCAAGAUUUUUCGGUUUUUUUUUUUUUUAAUUCCAAACAUGUUUUCGGUUAUAUUUACUUUUUAUUCGACAAAAAUUUAAAAAAGCGAAGAUUUCCUUUUCAUAUUUAAAAAUAUAUUUUUUGGUUAAGCUUCACCGUUAUUAUUUGAAAAACAAAUUGAAAAAUUUCCAGUUUUUAAAAAAUCCAAAUAUUUCUUUAGGCUAUUUUUAACUAUUAGUAUUCGAAAAAAAUAGUAAAAGUCAAGAUUAAUAAUUUUUCGUUUAUUUUUAUUUUUUUAAGUUACUGCUAUUAAACGUAUUUAACAAAAUUAAAAAAAAUCAGUUUUUAAAAAAUCGAAACAUUAUAUAUUGUGACAAAAUGCACCCGAUCUCGUAAUAAAAUUCCCCGGGUAAAUGAGAUUUCGAAAAAUUUGUAUUUUGCUAGUUGGUAGGACUGUCCUUAAUUACUAUGCCAAAUGGGAGCGCGAUUUGUCGACCAGUUUGUUUCCAGCAGCUGCUUGAGUCGGUACACCUCAGUAGUGCGUUAGGAUUUUUACAAUGGAUAAAAAUAUCGAACAAAGUUUUUGUCUUAAAAUUUGUAUUUCUAAGCAAAAAUAAUUCCGAAUGUUGGAAAAGGCUUACGAUUAUUCAGUUUUAUCAAAAACACAAGCCUACGAAUAGUACUAGGCCUUCAAAGAUGUUCGAGACGAGAGAUAGUUGACAAGCCUCACUCUGGACGACCUUCGACCUCUUCAACUAAUGAAAAUAUUUAAAAAGUGAAGGAUAUGGUGCUUGAAACUCGUCAGGCAAGUGUUAGAGAGAUGGUAAGAGAGCUGAACAGCCGCUCAAAAAUCAUGCUCAUUGUUUUUUUUCGAUAUUUAUGGUUGGUGCAUCAUGAAUUUGGAACAUCCGUCGAAAACGGCCAGAAUUGUGAUAGAGCAAGUCAUGGAUCUUACAGGAUGAUAAUGCACCAUCGCAUCGAGCCACCAUUGGGACCAAAUUUAAAGCCAAAAACGAAAUGAAAACUAUCGAUCAACCACCGUAUUCACCAGUUUUGACUUCGUGUGAUUUUUUCUUAUUUUCUAAACUGAAAUUGCCGCUUCGUGGAUCGCGUUUACUGUCAGUCGAAGAGAUAAAACAAAAUUCGGUCAUCCCAAAAAGUGCCUGUGAAAAGUGUUUCGAAGACUGGAAAAAUCAUUGCCGUAAAUAUAUCACAACUGGUGGGGAUUACUUUGAGGACGGCAAAAUAAAUAUUGAUGAAUAAUUAAAUUUUUUGCAUUUUACUUGCAACUUUCGGGUAUUUUUUUGUCACAAUGAAAAAUCGAAGUUUAUCAAUUUUAAAUUAUCGAAAUAUUUUUCAGUUAUCUUCAACAAUUAAUACUCGACAAAAAUAAUAGAAGUCAAAAUUUUCCAGUUUUUUUUUUUAAUUCCAAAUAUUUCUUUUAAUUAGGUUUUAGAAUUAAAAAAUAAAUAUUAAAAUAUUUUAGUUUAAUUCAAAAUCAGAAUUAAAAUAUUUUAAGUUUAAAAAGUUAAGAUCCUUUCAUAUUACAACUAAUUGUAUUGGUUAAGAUUCACUGCUAUUAUUCGACAAAAACAAGAAGUGUAAACAACAAUAAGUUUUAGAAAAAUCCGUUAUGUUUUUUUGCUUAUGGUUUGUUUUUUUUUUUUUAAAUCAAAAAAGUUAUAAAAUCAAGUAUUUUAAAUUUUGAAAGAAUCCAUGAAUAAUUAAAAAGCAUCAAAAUAUUUUUUGGAAGACAUGCUGAAAUUAACAUGAAAAUACUGCUCCUGCAACAAGAACGCAGACCUGACUAUUUUAAAUUCCAGUAAUAACAGUCGAAUUACGCCCCUGAUUUAAAAUCAUUAUUCUUAAGCACCUCAAUAACCUUCACACAGCGCUUAUCUAUAGCAGUAUAUUAAUGGUAAUUUAUGCAGCUCACUCAUACACACACACACCCACACACUUAAAGCAGAUCCAUCAAAUUAUUUGCAUACAUGAGUGAGAACGGUAAUCCAUUAAUAUUCUUAAUUAUUUAGCCAAUAUACUCAAUCAUCCGCUUAAUAUAAUACAAAAGCAACAGCAAAUACAGCAACAACAACAACAAAAUCACAAACACCACGUCAUUCAUAUAUACCGUUAGUUUUCCAUGCGCUAAGUACAACAAUAAAAAUGAUUAUCAAAAAGCAGACAACAACAAACAAACAAAUGAAGCAUUUGUAGAUUUAAUCAAAUGGAAAAUAAACUUUAAAAUAAAUAAAUUGCAUUUGUAGUGAAGCAAUAAAAAAACACUAUUUGCUUUGGGCAAAAGCAACAUACAACAACAUAAUAAUGUGCAUAUGUAUGUACUUAAAGAAAAAAUAAAUUUGCUCAUUUUUAUGUGCGAUUAAAGAACUUUAUUGUAAGUUUGUCUGAAUUUGGUUUGCUUUAUAAUUUACAGUUCAUUUAUCGCUGUAUAUACAGUAUGUGCGUAUACACACACACAGAUAUUUAUAGACACAUACGUGUAUACAGUUAUUGCGUAAUGUUGUGGAAAAAGGCUCUUGCGGCAAAAACAUGCAAAAAUGUAUAACGGCAUUAUCUGUAAGAAAUUGCAAAAUUAAAUUUAAAAUAACAGAAAAACAGAAAAACAGCAAAACACAAUGAAAACUAAUGGGAAAGGGAGAAAUGAAGAAUUGCAAAUAAAACGCAUAAAACUCAUUGCUAUUAGCAAAAUU